CAUAUAUAUAUAUAUACAUAUACUGUUAGCAUACUUAUUCACCAAUGUAAAAAAAGGCAUAGACAAAUAUGUCUUGUCAUUGUACAAAAAAGAUGACUUUGUCAAUGAACACAGGCGUUAUAAUAACAUUAAAUCAACUAUAGUUGAAUUUCCAGUCUUUCUAUUGCACAAAAUUAACUGACUUCCUGUCAAUGUGAUUUCAUGUGGACACACAUUUCUUACAAAACAACACUGGUGUUGUGCAAAAUGUGUGUUUUUGCAAACAUAAGUGUGUCAGAUAACCAAUCUGAAGACAAGACUUAGAUUUAGCCUUAGACUUUCUUUUAUUGUCAUUCAAAUUGUAACUUUACAGUACAGAUAAGAACAAAAUUGUGUUGCAUUAGCUCGUUGUAGUGCAGCAUAAAAGAACAAUAAGGUGCAGACAUAAAUACAUAGAUAACUGUACAGAUAAAUAUAUUGCACUAUUGCAUAGGCAUCCACGUUUAUGGAUUUAUUUUAUGUUGUCUCUAUAUUCCAGCGAGUUAAUCCGUUUUUGAGGGAAUUAUUAUGAUUCGUUCAAGAGUUUUAUGGCCUGGGGGAAGAAGCUGUUACAGAACCUGGAGGUUCUGCUACGGAGGCAGCAGGACCUCUUUCUAGAGUCCAGGAGUAAAAACAGUCUUUGGUGGGGGUGGGAGGAGUUUUCUGAGUCUUGGUCAGGCAGCCGCUUUUUGCUAUUUCCCGGAUAGGAAUAAUAGGAGUCCUGGUGAUCUUUUCCGACGUAUUCACCACUCUCUGUAGAGACUUCCAGUCUGAGGCACUGCAGGCUCCAGUCCAAAGAGAGAUGCAGUUGGUCAGCAGGCUCUCUAUAGUGCCUCUGUAGAAUUGGGGGAGGGAUCUGUGCUCUUUUCCUACGACGCAAAAGGUGCAUGCGCUGCUGAGCUCUUUUUACAAGAGCUCCGGUCAUACCAGGUCAUACUGUUAGUUAUAUGCACCCCCAGAAACUUGGUGCUGCUUACCAUCUCCACUGAUGUGUCGUUGAUGAAGAGUGGAGUGUGGCUGGACUGGUGCCUCCGGAAGUCGACGAUGAUCUCCUUGGUCUUGUCAACGUUCAGGACCAGGUUAUUGGUCCUGCACCAGUCAACCAAAUGUUUUACCUCCUCCCUGUAGUCCAUGUCAUUGUUGUCACGGAUGAGGCCCACUACUGUUGUGUCGUCCGCAUACUUCACAAUGAGGUUAGUAGUGGACCUGGCGCAGCAGUCCUGGAUCAUCAGUGUGAACAGCAGCAGACACAGGACGCAGCCCUGGGGGGGAGCCGGUGCUCAGGGAGAUGGUGUUGUCGCCCCCUCUCACAGACUGGGGGCCUGUCUGUGAGGAUGUCAAUCAGGGGGGCCAGUUUGCUCGCCAAGGAUGAUGGUGUUGAACGCCGAGCUGAAGUCCAGAAACAACAUCCGCACGUGUGUCCUUUCCUUCCAGAUGUUCUAAGCUCAUUUCUUUUGACUUCCAUGCACUGCAGGUUUGGCUUUGACGUCCCAGUGAUUUUACGUAGCUCUGAGGACACAGACUUCCUACCCAGCCCGGAAAAGCAAAUGGUUCAGGUCACCAACCCCUUUUCCCUGGAGAUGGGCUCUGGACGUGCCUCCAUUGCCGACGGUGUGCAGUUGAAGCCGCGUUGUUUGGAGCCCUGUGUCCUUAGCUGCUUCUGGGGCUGCGAGGUCGGUGCUCUGCAGGAAGCUCUGCAGGGGGCAGCCAGGCUCACUACACCCCAACAUUUCCAGGAAGCACUGCGUCACCGCUACCUCCACUGCCAGAGCUUCGAUGUCAGCACUGCAGACCAAGAGGAACAUCACACACACAUACCAGCUGAUCAGGGAAUCACAGAUUUGGGCCCGUUGCCCAGGAAACGCUAUCCGCUUGUGGCGGUGCUGACCUUGGCGGAACAAGAAGCCAGAGAUACUUACAACUUCGUGUCCAGUGUGACUGUUGUUCACGUGCCUGAUGAGAAAUACAACAUAUCUGCAAGGAUCCUCUUUCAGUACCUCCUCACCUCUCAAGGGAGCAUGUAUGACUUAAAGCCUCUCUUCAUGUCAGCCAACUCCAUGGGAGACUCUGACACGACUGACCUCCCCGGUGCGCCUGAGGACAAGGAGGAGGCCAGCAGGAUGUCAUCAUCGGUGCUUGCGGAGGAGGAAGAGGACGACUGGUCUGAGGGUCGCGGCAGAGACUGUGUGGUGUGUCAGAAUGCGUCCGUCAACAGAGUCCUGCUGCCCUGCAGGCACGCGUGCGUAUGCAACAGCUGUGCGUGUCGCUUCCAACACUGUCCCAUCUGUAGGGCUUUCAUCCUGGAGUCCUUCGCCCUCACGCUGCCACCACCACAACUCUGACAUCAAAAGUUUGGACUUUGGUCUUGUGAAUGUUUGUGCACACUGAGGACGUGUAUACAGUGGUGCCUAAAGAUACCAGUUGAAUGGGUUCUGUGACACAGCUCGUAAUACAGACCAGCGUCAGCCAUUGACAUAAAUUAAAAUCAAUUUAAUUGAGACACCGAAAUUCAAACAUGGGUCAACGUUUAACCACUUUAAGCGCCCCCUGGUGGUGGCCAACAUACUGUAUGUUGUUGUAUUAUAAACUGUAAUAUCCAUCCAUCUUCUUUCGCUUAUCCAAAGUCCAGUUAUGUGUGACCAUGUGUAUUGACUGUUUGUGCUAGUUGAAUCUUUGUUUCCGCGCCAUGACAAAGGAAGGUUGUGUUGUGUCAUAUUGCUAUCAUUUAACUUUCACGGGUCAUUGAUCUGGAUUGCUCACAUUUUCCACCAGAUGGGAACAAAUAUAAGGUAUUCAGAGACCAACUGUUAUUUAUAAUAAUUGUAAAGCUUGUGUCCUGUCUGUCACCUUUCAUCCCAACUCACCUGGUGUAGGUUACAGCUUCCCUUUCGAGAUGUGUAAUAUAGAAGAUGCGUAUGCCAACUGUAUAUUGAUAUACACUAUUUUUUACAGGAGCAACACAUUAACCAUGUCAAAACCAUAGUUUUUUUCCACUGUUUUGCAAUUUACAAAAUAUGGUUUGAUUUGUUGUAACUUGUUAGCAACAAUUGAUAAAAUACAAAACCCUGUUUCCAUAUGAGUUGAGAAAUUGUGUUAAAUGUAAAUACAAACGGAAUACAAUGAUUUGCAAAUCAUUUUCUAUCCAUUUUCAGUUAAAUAUGCUACAAAAACAAGAUAUUUGAUGUUCAAACUGAUAAACAAAUAAAGUUGAGAAAUUCUCAUCAAACACUUAUAUGGAACAUCCCACAGGUGUACAGGCUAAUUGGGAACAGGUGGGUUCCAUGAUUGGGUAUAAAAGCAGCUUCCAUGAAAUGCUAAGUAAUUCACAAACAAGGAUGGGGCGAGCUGUCGUAUUUUACGAUUCAUAAUGCGCCACACAUUUUCUAUGGAGACAGGUCUGGACUGCAGGCGGGCCAGGAAAGUACCCGCAAUCUUUUACUACGAAGCCACGAUGUUAUAACACGUGGCUUGGCAUUGUUUUGCUGAAAUAAGCAGGGGCGUCCAUAAUAACGUUGCUUGGAUGACAACAUGUUUCUCCAAAACCUGUAUGUACCUUUCAGCAUUAAUGGUUUCUUCACAGAUGUGUAAGUUACCCAUGCCUUGGGCACUAAUGCACCCCCAUACCAUCACAGAUGCAGGCUUUUGAACUUUUUGCCUAUAACAAUCCGAAUGUUUAUUUUCCUCUUUGUUCUGAGGACACCACGUCCUCUGUUUCCAAAUAUAAUUUGAAAUGUGGACUCGUCAGACCACAGAACACCUUUUCACCUUGCAUCAGUCCAUCUUAGGUGAGCUCGGGCCCAGCGAAGCCAGCAGUGUUCCUGGGUGUUGUUGAUAAAUGGGUUUGGCUUUGCAUAGUAGAGUUUUAACUUGCACUUACAGAUGUAGCUACCAACUGUAGUUAUUGACAGUGGUUUUAUGAUGUGUUCCUAAGCCCAUGUGGUGAUAUCCUUUACACACUGUCGGUUUUUGAUGCAGUACCACCUGAGGGAUCAACAUUCCGUAAUAUCAUCGCUUACGUGCAGUGAUUUCUCCAGAUUCUCUGAACUUUUUGAUGAUUUUUCAGACCGUUGAUGGUAAAAUCCCUAAAUUCCUUGCAAUAGCUCGUUGAGAAAUGUUCUAAAACUGUUCGACAAUUUGCUUAGAAAGUGGUGACCCUCACCCCAUCCUUGUUUGUGAAUUACUUAGCAUUUCAUGGAAGCUGCUUUUAUACCCAAUCAUGGCACCCACCUGUUCCCAAUUAGCCUGCACACUAGUGGGAUGUUCCAUAUAAGUGUUUGAUGAGCAUUCCUCAACUUUAUCAGUAUUUAUUGCCACCUUUCCCAACUUUUUUGUCACGUGUUGCUGGCAUCAAAUUCUUAAGUUAAUGAUUUAAAAAAAAAUUAAAAUAAAAUGUUUAUCAGUUUGAACAUCAAAUAUGUUGUCUUUGUAGCAUAUUGAACUGAAUAUGGGUUGAAAAUGAUUUGCAAAUCAUUGGACCCCGAAAGGGAAUAAGCGGUAGAAAAUGGAUGGAUGUAUUCCGUUUAUAUUUACAUCUAACACAAGUUCCCAACUCAUAUGGAAACAGGGUUUGUAAUAUUGUCCAUAAAGAAUUAGUUUGGUUAUCACAUGGAAAAUGAUCACGGAUUCAAACAGUGCUGAGGGCUUUCAGUAGAACAUUUUAUUGCCAUACAGUGAAUGUUUUUGUAGGACAUUUAGCAAACUGUUUUUAUCCUCAUACGUACUGUGGGCAGGUCCGACUAACAUUUGGCAGAGACUACAAUCAACCUUCUCCAAACAGCUAGCCUGAAGUUAUAUAACACAUCAAAUGUAAGAAAAUCUAUACAGGCUUGUAGUCCAGCUUGGACUCCAGCUUCUUUGAAUCUGCCACCUUUCGCACCGCCUUCAUGAAAUCCUCUUGAGUGACGUACUCUCUGUCAGAGCGGAUGGCAAACAAGCCUGCAAACAAGUACGGAGAAGUAAAUAAUUUUCAGGGACUCCUUGUUGCUGCUGCUCUGCAGCGAAACGUUGAAGUUCUUCACAUGUCUCGUAAUCGCCUGUGAUUAUUAGUCGGUCACAUAGCGGUUUGCUUUUAUCACAUUGUAUACAUGAACAAAUAUUUGGAAUUGUAUAUAAAACCUUGCCGUCUUUACACUUUUGAAAUGAGAAGUAUACAGUACACUCUGCUGUUACACAAUUUGACAUGAAUAAAAUUAAGCGCUCCCUGUUUCACUAAACUGUCAUGAUUUUAGCCUGGAGUUUGUGUAGCUACGUUCUCAGCGAUUAAGUUAAGAUGUGUCCAGCUGGAACCACAGUUGUGUCGCUUUUGACGCGUUAGCCUGUUAUAGGAUUGUUUUAGAGUUCAUUCUGCAGCGACCACACAGUGCUGUUUUGUAGCGGAACAUUGAGUUCUUAAAAUACAGUUUUGCCUGUUUUCUGCA